AUGGCUCUUUCACGUGCUCUUUUCCUCUUUACUCUCAUUGCUGCUGUCUUCUCAACCAUAGCCGUGGCAACAGAUUAUGUAGUUGGAGAUGAAGAAGGUUGGACGCUUGGAGUUGAUUAUCAAGUUUGGGCUGCAGACAAGGUUUUUCAUCUCGGAGACACACUCACAUUCAAGUAUGUUGCUGGUAAGGACAGUGUGGUGAGAGUAAAUGGAAGUGAUUUUCAGAGUUGCUCAGUUCCUUGGGCAGCACCAGUGUUGGGUAGUGGAAAUGAUAAAGUUGUAUUGACAACAUAUGGAAGAAGAUGGUACAUUUCAGGUUUCGCCAACCACUGCAAAAAUGGACAAAAGCUUGUCAUAACUGUCUUGCCAUCACAGCAAUCACCUUGGUCUCCAGUACCCUCAGCUUUACCUUCACCUUCAUCCUCACCUGUGCCUGCCCCUGAAGCUGCACCGCCUUCUAAUGCACCAUGGUCCGCUGUGCCUGCCCCUGAAGCUGCACCGCCUUCUAAUGCACCAUGGUCCGCCACGGUUCCUCGCAGAUCCCUGCUGUCAAAGAAGCUAUUCAAAAUGAUUCACACAAAUCUGAUUGCUGUUUGA